UGCUUGCUGCUCUCCUUUCUUCUUCGUCUUCAUCGUUAUAUCUCUCUCUAUAUCGCUCCAUCAGGCAUCUCUGCUUUAGAAACCCUAAUCUUCAAUUCCUAAAGGUGUGAUUUUGAAAUCAUGGCCAAAGUUAGAAGGACAAGACGCAGCGUUCAUUCACGACGGAUCAGAGCAAGACCUUACAAAUUCCAGUCUUCUAAUCGUCUUGUCACAAGGAACGUGUUCCCAGAAGAUUGUCCCAAGUGUAUAGAGAAGAGGGACAACUGGGAGAAUGUUAUAUGUUCGGUUUGCAUGGAGUGUCCUCACAACGCUGUUCUUCUCCUCUGCUCCUCUCACGACAAGGGAUGCCGUCCUUACAUGUGUGGCACCAGUUUCCGAUAUUCCAACUGCUUAGAUCAGUACAAGAAAGCGUCAGCUAAGCUGAAGUCAGCGAGUCGUCCACAGAACAAUAAGUCUGAGCUUGGGAAUCUCACAUGCCCUCUUUGUAGAGGCCAGGUGAAAGGCUGGACAAUCGUGAAGCCUGCGCGUGAAUUUCUGAAUCUCAAGAAGAGGAUCUGUAUGCAGGAGAACUGUGCUUUUGCUGGAACCUUCAAAGAGCUGAGGAAACACAUGAAAAAGGACCAUCCUUGUGCGAAGCCGCGUGAAGUUGAUCCUGAUGUCGAGCAGAAUUGGAGAAGGCUUGAGAUUGAGCAUGACCGGGAUGAUGUUCUCAGCUCGAUCAGGUCGCUUAUACCUGGAGCAACGGUGCUUGGGGAUUACGUUAUAGAAAGGAACAACAACAACAACGACAAUGGUUCCGACUCUGACGAGGGUGGUGAUCAUUACAACGGUUCAGGGAUGGAUGCUGGGUUUGGUAGAAAUUUUUUAAAUGUUAUCCUUAUGAUGCAUGCUGUUGAGGCGUCAAGGAAUCAGACAAGACGAUCUGAUUCAGAUUCGAGUGACUUGGCAAUCAAUCGUGGAACAAAUGAGUCUGGAGAAGAAGAGGAAGAUAGGCAGAGUAACUCUCUGGCAAGUCGAAUGAGGAGACAAGGACGGGUUCUACUAGGACAAUCAGGUAGGAGACGUAGAGAUAGAGAAGCUAACCAGAGACCAGGUCCUCCUAGAUGAGUGAGAGAUAUCACAAGCUCAAAGACAGAACCCUAAGUCUGAUUUUGGGUUUCAAGUAAGUUUUAUGGUAAUGGUUUAGAAUACAAAUGUAGUUUUCAACAAAGUCCAUUUGACCUGUGAAAACCUUUUCUGCUUUCACCAUUGGAGAAUAUGGGAAUUUGACUCAGAUUUGCUCCUGAUUGUCAAAUGAAGCAGGUCUGUGUUUACUGGUUUUAAUGUAUCCUGAUGUAACUUUUCUUGUCAAAAUUUACAUAUGUGAAUAAGCAUGGUGAUUAGUGAUGCUUAGUGGUCACACUAAUCAGAAUCAUGAACAAUUGGUCACUUUACUCGUUUUGUUUAUAAAUUUUACUAGGGCAAACCCGCGCUUCGCGCGGGAUAUCUAUAUUAAUAUUUUUUUUGUGCAACUACAUGUUAAUCUACUAUAUUAAUAUUUGUUCAUAGUUUUAUCGUUUUUGUUUGUAAUAGAACAUAUUUUAAGAUAUUGUACCAUUUAACUUAUUCUGUUGUGGUUUUUGUUUAGUA